CUCCCCUCCCUCCCAGCAUCAGGCGAGGCAGAGAGGGAAGCGCUGCGGGAAUUUCGCAGCCCGCGGGCGGCCGAGGGAGCUGGAGUGGGAACAGGUUGUCGGGAUCGCGCCGCGGGAGGAAGGGGCGGCUCCGAGCGCCGGCUCAGCCAAGUCUGGGCUCCGGGAGACGGAGACGGAGCUGCUGCUGCUCCAGCCGGCGAUGCGCUGAGCGAGAUGGACAGCGCUUCCCUGCCGAGAUCGCCUCUUCCCGGGAAGCUGAGCCGCUUCCCGAGCUCCUGAAGUUCCAGCGGUCGCCAGCUCAGCCUGGGGUUACACAAGUUCCACCCGCACCGGUCCCGGCUGGCGGGGAUCAGGCAGGUGAUUCUUUCUCUUUUUUUGCUCCUCUGCUCGUGCGUGAACGCCGAACGCCAAAAAGUCUGCUCGAAGGCCCUGGAGAGCUUGGGAAAAGCCACGGUGGAGAGUUGUGGUGUUUUGGAUAUAUUUGGCACGAAGUGCUCACACCUCUGCUCGAGGGAUUCGUAUGGCUUGAAGGGCGGAGCCGGAGCCUGGCACUCUGACCUCCAUGGAUCCCCUAAACCUCUCCUGGUACGAGGGUGACAUCGGUGACAGGAACUGGAGCAGGGCCCUGAACGCCUCCCAGGCUGAGCAGAAGCCCCAGUACAACUACUAUGCCAUGCUGCUCACCCUGCUCAUCUUCGUCAUCGUCUUCGGCAAUGUGCUGGUGUGCAUGGCCGUGUCCCGGGAGCGAGCCCUGCAGACCAACAACUACCUGAUCGUCAGCCUGGCCGUGGCAGACCUGCUGCUGGCCACCCUGGUCAUGCCCUGGGUGGUCUACCUGGAGGUGGUUGGUGAGUGGAGGUUCAGUCGGAUCCACUGUGACAUCUUUGUGACCCUGGAUGUCAUGAUGUGCACUGCCAGCAUCCUCAACCUCUGUGCCAUCAGCAUAGACAGGUACACAGCAGUGGCCAUGCCCAUGCUCUACAACACGCUACAGCUCCAAGCGCAGGGUCACCUCAUGAUCGCCGUGGUCUGGGUGCUCUCCUUUGCCAUCUCCUGCCCGCUCCUCUUUGGCCUCAACAACACAGAUGCCAACGAGUGCAUCAUUGCCAACCCUGCCUUCGUGGUGUACUCCUCCAUCGUGUCCUUCUACGUGCCCUUCAUCGUCACCCUGCUGGUCUAUGUCCAGAUCUACCUCGUGCUGCGGCGCCGCAGGAAGCGCGUCACCACCAAGCGCAGCAGCCACGUCCUGGACUCGGACACACAGCCCCUGAAGGACAAAUGCACUCAUCCAGAAGACGUCAAGCUCUGCACAGUUAUUGUGAAGUCCAAUGGGAGCUUCCAAGUUAAUAAGCGCAAAGUGGAGGCAGAGAGCCACAUGGAGGAGAUGGAAAUGGAGAUGGUGUCCAGCACCAGCCCCCCCGAGAAAACCACCUUCAAACCCGCAGCACCCAGUAACCGCCAGCUGGUCGUGCCAGUUGCCUCCAACAGGGGCAACAACUCCACCCUGCAGACAUCCCUGAACAGCCCUGGGAGAGUGGAGAAGAAUGGCCAUGCCAAAGAAACCCACCACACAGCCAAGGUCUUCGAGAUCCACUCCCUGCCCAACGGCAAGACGAGGAACUUCCUCAAGGCUGUGACCAGGAGGAAACUGUCCCAGCAGAAGGAGAAAAAGGCCACCCAGAUGCUGGCCAUCGUCCUUGGUGUUUUCAUCAUCUGCUGGCUCCCCUUCUUCAUCACCCACAUCCUGAACAUGCACUGCGAUUGCAGCAUCCCCCCGGCCAUGUACAGCGCCUUCACAUGGCUGGGCUACGUCAACAGCGCUGUCAACCCCAUUAUCUACACCACCUUCAACGUCGAGUUCCGCAAGGCUUUCAUGAAGAUCCUCCAGCUGCAAAAGCAAAAAAAAAAAAAAAAAAAAAAAGGGAGGAAGAACCCCCCCCAACGCCAAUUCCGCGCACAGAGGGGCGGCCGCCGAGGGGCUCGUGUGCGGCAUGAGGCCCCCGGGGUGACAGCAGUGCCAUGCCCACGCCUCGGUGGGGGUGCAGGGGGGAGGUUCCCUCGUCCCUCGGGGUGACCUUUGGGACAGCAGUCCCACCAGGGCACUUUUCAGAGCCGCCCUCGCACCGUGCUCCGAGCGGAGCGACGGAAGCCGAGGCAACGCUCGCCUGAUUGCUGCCCGUGGCCAUCCAGCCUCGGUGCACUGGACACAGACAGUCUCAGAGCCACGGGGAGGUAGUGGUGGGGUCUCUCCACUCUCACCAAAGACAAGACCAUCUUUUCCGCUUCGCAACAGGAGCCAGAACCAGGCAGAGCUCGCGGGAGCUCCACGCAGCAGCUUUGCCUUCGCCUCGAGCUGACCUACCCUCGAGCUACCUACUGCUGAAGCCUUCAGAAAAUAAACCACCAACACUUUAAGAGGUGCCCAAGCGGGUCAAGAAGGUUCUGCCACCCACAGACCCAACCCUGCAGCAGUGUGGGCCUCCCAGCCGUGGGCAGAAGGAAGAAGGAGGCGUCAGUCUCAUGUCCGGCCACUCCAGCGGUGUAAAUAUGAAUAAACAGGAGGAACUACAGGAGCCCAAGCCAGGAAAUAAAAAAAGGAGAUGGAGAGAGAAACUCGAGAAGUGGUAGCUUGUCUUGCAUGGUGUACAUCAAACAGGACACCCUCAUCUCUCAUCAGCAGUGAUUUCUGCCCACCAGCACCUCAUGUCCAGUCUCUCAGCAGGAUUCCCAGCCUGGGGGCAGUGGUGCCAUGGUGAAUGUAGGCACCCCAGGACAGGGUGCCCCGGGAGGCACCUGCAGCCCUGACCCCCUCAGGCGGGAGGUUGAACAAGUCAGCCAAGUCAGGUCUGGCUCUUCUCACCUCCAUCAGGGUGCCACAGAGCCCAGCACCACUCGGGUCUGAUUGGCCUCAGUCUCUCAGCAGAGAGUGCAGAAUAACGUUGUGCCUAAUUUAAAUCAACACUGAAGGAGAUAAAACUGUGUGUUUUGGAAAAAGCCAGAAUAAAAACCCAAGAAAGCCCCUACCUGGACCAGCUCCUGUGUCCAAGUUGGACUCUGGAAAAGGUCUGGAUGUUCCCAGCAUCCCUUACUCUCUGAUAUCUAUUUUCCAUGGAUUAUAGGAAUUGAAAACCCAUAACAGCAUAAUUCCACCACGUUGAGUCUGGCAUUGCCAAAUCCACACUGCACUUACUAAUUGUACUCAGUUCACAAUAUGUUUUGCAAUAUCUCUGUAAAUAAACCAUAGCAAGAUGAAUAAAAUGACACAGAAAUAGGCCUGGCUAGAAAUUCCUGUAGGCUCUGGAGCAGCAGCACACUGCAAUAGCCAUAAUGCAGAGGCAGACUCCCUACCUGCUGUUUUCUGAAGAUUCUAAAACACAACCCAGAGAGCAAUAUAGUCCCCUUUCUCUCUAUGCAGUUUGUGGAAUAUUCACAUAGUUUCUGCUUCAGAAUAGGUAAAGUUCACUGCCAAGGGUUUCUCUGAUUCCCUGGUUCUCCUGUGUUGCCAACAAAGCAGUUUCCUGGGCUGGCAGGGUGUGUUCCAGCUCUGUAGCAGGAAGAGAUUAUGUCAAGCAGCUACAACACAUAAUCUCAGCUGUUCUCAGCAAUUGAAACAGCAGUCCCACCUUAAUCCAAAAGGUUUCCAUUCUAACCCUGGUGUUCCUGGAAGGGGCUGAUAUCCAGUGGUUUUAAUGUUUAGCCCACAAACUUGUGUAACAUUUGGACCUGGCUCUUCAGGGUCUGUUCAUAGCUCUAAACUGGAAACACUGGCUCAAGAUCUCAGGUUCACAUUGGCUGUUCUUCCCCCCCCCCCCCCCCAGUUUUAACCAAGCAAGUUCACUCAGUGGUGGGAAUCAACUCAGGCUGGUAUCACUUACGAUAUUCACAGAAUGACAUAAAGUCAGUAGGGUUUUGGGUAGAAAAAUAGUAUCAAGUUACUGUUCUGUUUUCUAACAUAUUUACAAGCAGCAAGAUGCCAUUUGUCGUGGUGAAUUAACAGGUGGGGAGCUCAAUCAAAAUAGAAAAUAAUAUGCAGACAGACAGAAAAAAGCUUUAAAGCAUUUGGAAGUUGCCAUAGGUGAUAUUUGCCCUGCACUAAGAGAUGGUGUGAGCCUUCAGAAUGAGGAAUGUGAAUAUUAUCUUAACUUUGUGCCAUAAUUUUCCUUUGUGUUCAGUGUUAACCCAGGGUAAAUCCUCAUCUCCAGUACUGUGCACCUUGUUCCAAGGUUUAGUUUCUGAAAGCAGAUGCAGAACCUUAUAGCUCAACUCACCUCAACCACUACAUGAAAAACUCUUCCAAAACACUGUGGAGGAUAAAAAGCUGUUGAAAAAGGGGCAGUGUCCUCCGUGUGUGUGCCAGCUUGGACCAGGACACCCAGGGGUCAUUUCCAAGAGCUUAAAGUGUUCGUGAGGAAUUCCCUGCAGCCCACCCUUCAUCCCAGGGACAUCCCAGCACUCCAGGCUCAAAGGUGUCUUGUGGGAACACCUAUAUCCCCACUGGUCUUGGAAUGGUGGCAAUGCCAUGUCUGUUCAUCUCUGCAGGUUUUCCUUUCCCAUCUACACUUCCAACCAACAAACUAAAGCACUUUCCACCCUUGAACUGAGCCUUCGGGACCCUUUCCCAGAGAGGACCAAACCACACCAUCACCUCUGGCUUCACAGAGAAUAAACAGAAUAAACAAUGCCCAAGAGCAAGGACAGUUCUGCCAGCUGCUUGCACAGCACAUGACACGAGGACAACCAGCCUGUGGCUGGGAUGGAGGAUGUUUGUAGAAAACCUCUAAAGAACCAUCAGAAUUCAGCUGCAGCGGGAAGGACCCUGAGGCCUCUUGCCCACAGACCUGGCAAACACAGACCUCACUGCUCCUUCCACUCUGGAGGUAAAACACUGCCUUCCCAACGACUCCUGAUGGCAGGACAUGCUGGGGAUGGAUCUGGUUUUUUAAAACACACCCACGAGACUGGUUUCGUUUCUUUGUCCCCUCCGGAACUUCAGACCCCUUUGCCACAGCCCCCGUUUUGUGAUUCAUUAUUUAUAACUGAAGCUUAGUUCUGCUUACUGGAGUCUUCCCGUUCCCUGCUUUUUCCUCCAUGUGAUUCCCCGCUUGCUGAAAGCCGGGAGGGGGGCUCUUGGCACCCCCAAACAGGUUUGAAUUAAAAAGCCAGUGAAUUCUGCCUGCACUGUAUUGCCGCUUGCCUGCUCGCUCCCACUACACCGUUUAUCUUCCUGACUGAAGAGUAACUUCACUACAGUAGGUCUGACCAGCUUAUUAAAUCCUGCUGGAAAAAAAAAACAACACACAAACACAAAAACAAACAAAAACAACAAAAAAAGGGAAACAGGAAAAAUAAAGGCACUACCUCCGUGGUGACCAUGUGCAGUGCAAAACGGCUCCCCCGGGGAGCCAGGAAUGUAAAAAUGCCCAU